AUGCCAAUUCAAAAGAAGAUAACGGCAUUUGGGGACUAUACCCCCGCCGUGGCCUCGUGCCAGGGCAUCAUGCAGGAUUUUGACGACGCCGCCACUGCAGCAGGAGUGCAGGUGACAGCAGUUGCUAAACAGCUGAAAGAUGAGCUUGAUCAGGAGAGCCGCUCGCAAGAAGAAGCCUCGGACAGGCUGAAGAGCGCGAAGGACAUCCAGAGUCACAUUCGCGUUGACACAGAGCAGCAGGCGCGACUGCUGGACCGUUUGGCUGACUCGGCUGAAAAACUGACCGGCCGCAAGUUGCAGGUACUGACGGAUACGUUCGUCAAUAUGCAGAUCCGGGUGGCUCGCGCCGAAGAGCAGACUCGCGCGACCAAACGAGAGCUCAAGAAGGCCCAGGCUGACCUCGCGGAGGCUCGGCGCGAGCUCAAAGACGCCAGGGACACUGCCAAAGCGGAGGCCAAACAAGAGGCGGAAGCAUUGGCAAAGACUCUGGUGAGGAAUUCGCUGGACGAAUUCACAAAGGUGGCGCAUGAGCGCCACACAGAAGCCAUUUCUGGAGACAGACAGUGGCUUAAAGAACAGCUGAAGGAGCUGAGAGAGCAGCAUCGCCAGACUUUGUCUAAAGUCUCGGCGCUGCAGUUCGAAGUGGACUUGUCUCCUCUUCAGAGGUUUCAUCUCUACAAGUGUCGACUGGAGAGUCUCGAGCAGCUCCCGGAAUGGCGCGUGGGGGAAGAAGCGACCAAGGGGGGGGUGGAUACCCUUGAAGAAGCCCUCAGUGCCCUGGGGCGGACAGUUUUGAAGGAAAAUCGAACUUCAAAGGAGAUUGACCGGUUGAAGGAGCUUCCAAGCGAGUGGGAGACGGCCUUGAAAAGGCUUAAAACCACCCUCGAGAGAGACGGUAUGGAGUUUCCAACGGAGCAAGGCACUCCCGAGGCCGAUGCACGUCGUAUUUACGAAUGUGUACGGCAAUUGGGACCUUACUGGGAGUCCAGGAAGGCCUGGAUCGACGUUGCAUUUAACAACGCCGCGUCGGAAAGUCCUUUGAAGGAAUGGGAAGGUCCCCAUACCUCAAAGGAAUUUAGAGACGUUGACGCGCAACUUCUCGCCCUGUGUAAGGAGCAGGGUGAGAAGCUUGCUGGCGAGCAGACGCAGCAGAUCAAGGAACUGAGGGAACGUGAGCAGAAACUACGUUCCACAGUUGAGGAAUACUCGGGGUUGAUGGAGGCAGUAGAAGCAGCAAUUGCAGCUCUAGACAACCAGACCUCGGGUAGCGGCCAGGACUAG